AAAAUGAAGAAAAUUGGUACAGGAAGUACAGCUGAUGUUUACAAGGCAAUUCACGUACCAAGUGGAAAGAAAGUUGCCAUCAAAGUCAUGCCACUGACAAGUGUGAAAAACACCAAUUUUGACAUGAUUGAAAAUGAAAUUUUCAUGAUGAAACAUGCCUGCAAAUCUUAUAAUAACAUUUUUGAAUAUGAUAUUACAAAACAUCAAAGAAAAUCAAAUGAUGAAUUGUGGGUCACUAUGGAAUACGUUUCUGGGGGUAAAUUAACUGAUUUACUCCACACUAGAUUUAUGGAAAGUGAAAUUGCUGCAAUGUUACAACCAAUUUUGAAGGGUUUACACAUGCUUCAUGUAAAAUAUGGCGUCAUUCACAGAGAUGUCAAAUCAGACAAUGUACUCAUUACAAAAGAUGGUAAAAUCAAGUUGGCCGACUUUGGUUUUUGUGCUGAAAAUACUGGAAGAAGAAGAUCAGUUGUGGGAACACCUUAUUGGAUGAGUCCUGAAGUUGUUUCUGGAGCUGAAUAUGAUGAAAAGUCAGAUGUUUGGUCAUUGGGUAUUUUAACAUUGGAACUGGCAGAUGGUGAAGUGCCACUCAUUGAACAUCCACCAAUCAAGGCACUCUUCUUGAUUCGUUCACAAGAUCCACCAACCUUUAAGAGUUCAUCAGAGUGGUCUGAUGUAUUCCAUGAUUUCUUGAAGAGAUGUUUAGAAAAGGAUCCAACCAAACGUGCCACCAUUGAUGAAUUAUUGGAACAUGAAUUUAUCAAGAAG